AAACAACUAAAGUCAAAAAUACUGUCACGUCACCGUAGGUGGUUGAAGGACUUUAUAAUUAAAACACAAUGGACUGCCCAUGCAUUCAUUUGACAGCACUUUCGGCCGGGCACAACUCAGGACUGGUCACUGCGAACGCUGUCUGGUAAAAGUAAACAUUCAGUUUACAUGUCCGAAGAUGUUCCUCUGUAUGACAUCACAGCCACACUCAUAAAGCAAACAAAGCGCAACGUUUGGAUUGGCACGCUUAUUUAUGAAGAUUCCUACAAAGCAUGCUGAGAAGUCGCCGCAUUGUCGAACAUAUUUAACGACAAAUAAUAUAAUAUAAUUUUCCGUUCAAAUUUUGCAGUCAAUUCAACUCUGGAGUUCUGGGCAGGAGGGAGCGAGUCAGUGCACUUGUCGUAGUCGGUCUUUAUGUCAGCUUAUUGCCAUGACAACGUCUUUAGGCCUCGCUCUGAUUGGUUGACAGUUUAGCUCUUCCGCAGGUAAGCACCGAGAGCGAGCUCAGGAGCACUUUCGCCACAUACAACGGAGCAAACGAGAGCAUGGAGCACAAACAAUUUACAGAGUGACACUGCCAUUUGGAUAAAAUGCCAAAGAGUGACACCUGGCCAGGUGGUACUGGACUGGAUAUGAUGGCCGGAGUGGACAGCGCGGGGAGCUGUGACAGCAUUGUCAGCGGACAUUCCGUUUUCAGUGAUGAUAGUCUGGGCCACUUGUCUGCUGAGGAGAAAGCCUGCCUCAUGUUUUUGGAGGAGACCAUCGAGUCCUUAGACACAGAGGAUGACGGCGGACUGUCCGACAACAAAGCGGACCUCCUGCCGGGAGGCCCUGCCAGUCUGGCCUCCAGACUGGCGGACCUGUCAGCCUCCAUGAGGAAAGCCAAGCUCAACGGUCUGCAAAAGCACAGCUCUAUGGAAACCAUCAGGGAAAAAGUCGAGAACAAACCCAUACAGAACUACCUUGUGCCAACACCUUACGUUUUGGCGAGCAGCUCAAAUUGUUCUGAACCAAAAGUCAAAGCUGGCAUUGGGCUAAACCAAAAGAAGUCGCUUUCAUUCUGCAACAGUUCCAGCCAGAAGCCCACCGGCGUUCACGUACCUUCCGAUGGCAAUGUCACGACACCUCCUGCAAUCAAAUCCAAAGACAACCUGGUGAAGACAGGCGAAAGGGGACCUUUAUCCUAUGAUGCGCUUGUUUACCUGCGGAGGAGCGCCUCCACAAAGAAAACACCUUUAUGUCCCACAGUCGAUCACACCAUAGACUUGGUCCGACGUCCUCCAGUCAUCAUAGAAAGUUCAAACACCGCCAACGUCGGAAGGUCCGACAAAGCCAUAUUCAAAGCCGGCGUCUUUACGACAGGCCCGCUACCCAUUGCUCCAAAACCCAAAAGGAUUCCUUCAAAUAUCUCCGUGAAGACGGAAAAGGAAGCGGCCCCUGCCUCAAGCUCAUCCCACGGUCUGAAGAACGCAAUAGAUCCUAAAGUGGUCAGACAGGAAGCUUUGCUGAAGCUCGGCCUCCUCAAAGACCCACAGUCGGAAACUGCUCGACUGGCCCGGCCGCAGCUCCCGAAGUCUUAUUUGUCUGCGGACGAUGGAUUUUCCAAAACUCCCUCAAACGUGGGCCCAUUAAGAAGCCCCUCUUUUUGCCACGCUCCAGGGGCCCCUGCGCCCAGGAGCAAGGAGCUGCAGAGUAGUGCUAGCUUCCACCACUCCUCCAGGAGAAGCGACCGAUCGGCCACAUCGCUCCCUCAUCCCGGCAAACCCAACAGAUUAACCACUACCCUGCUCAACCACAAACUUGAGAUAAAUCGUCCUGAACCAAAACUCAAAACGGUCCUCGAGGACGAGCCGGCCGCCCCCAAAGCCUCAAAUUCGGUGGCAUACACGGUGAUGAUGGUGCCCGGAAUGGGCGCAGACAGAAAAGAGGCUCUCAGGAAAUUGGGACUGCUCAGAGAUGAACCGCACAAGUAAGCAGAGGAGCGGACGGGAAGGAUGAAGAGGAAGAACUUACAACAGGGGUGUCAAACUCAUUUUUGUCAUGGGCCACAUUGUCGUUACCGUUUCCCUUGGAGGGUUGUUAUGAAUUUGGGGAAACAUACUGCAUACACAGCGGACAACAAAUUGAUGGAUAACUAGUUUUAAAAUUAGAAGUCAAGAAUAAUGACUGUUGUUGUGGAUUACAUAUGACAAUUUGAAAUUUUGGUUCCGACUUUAGUAAGCAUCAUGGAACUUGAUGUGCUUGAUUUGCUUUCAUGGGCCACAUAAAAUGAUGCGGUGGGCCAGAUGUGGCCCCCGGGCCUUGACUUUGACACCUGUGACUUACAAGGAGAAGCUCUUUCCAUGCUAGGUAUUCUUAUGCAGUUUUUGGUUUUUUUUUGUUGUUUUUUUUUUCCCCAACAGUGUCGUGUUGCAGCUCAAUUAGCAUUGACUGUUUUCCAGCAGAGUACUUAGGCUCCAAGGGAAUGUUUUACGGGACUCUGGAUCCCUGCCUGUGCCUCAAAUUGGACAUUGGCUCGAGUAAAGGUGACAGCUUCUGAUUUCAGUACUUCUGUUAUCGUCUUAAGUUGGGUGCACACAUUCUGAUUUUUAACAUCUUAGCCAUUUUUUUUUUAAUGUGAGCGACCCUAUGAAUAUUGAACACAUGUAGCAUUCAAGAAUUCGGCUCUGACCACGUUUUCCAAACAGAUCAGCGAGGAAAAACAAAUCCAAACAAUACCUCACAGCAAUCAUUCAUGAUAAAUUUUUCAGAGACAUCCAAAAAUCUGGCUUGUUCUUUGACUGCAAGGGAGGGAAAAUGCUCAGAUUUUGGACUAAUUGCCGAUAUGUGUCUUUCAUACUGAAAAAUAGAAAUGACCAUUUCUACCUUCUCUUUUUCACACACGGACAAGAAAAAUAAAAUGUUUGACUGCA